AUUUUCACACACAUGCACUAACACACACACACAUACAUUCCCCUCCUCUCUGCAGCUGUGCUGGAGAGCUGCAGCAGCCCCUGUGGUUUCCCAGUUCAUCUGUCGCUGUCUGGAUAGCCUCAUUAAGGAAGGACAAGCGUGCAUGCCACAUACGAGUGUGCAUGCUGCUUAGUGAGCAAGAGAAGAGUGGUUGUGCACCAUUAUUCAGAGGCAGCCUGUGUGGGCAGAGCAGAGAAAGAGAACAGCAAGGGAAGAAAAGAAGAGGAAAAAAGAGCAAGAGGAGAGCAAGGGAAGCUUGUGUGGUGGUGCUGGAUUCAGUCGUGAGACCCUCCUCCACCAUGGCUGCUGCAUAGGAAUCCAUCACCACGGCAGCGGUGUGCAUGAGGUGUGAGACGUAGGAGAGAAAGCAGAAUCUGUACAGAGAAAGAGUAAAAGCGAUACAGUAUGGCAGCUGAUGAAAAGCCUGGUGUUAAAAGCAGUACCUCCAUUCUGCCAUGCUUUCUUUUCGUGGAGCUGGUGAUCAUGGCAGGAACAGUUCUCCUGGCAUACUACUUUGAGUACACAGACACCUUCCCUGUGCAUAUCCAAGGUUUCUUCUGUUACGACAAGACGUUUUCCAAACCUUACCCAGGUCCGGAGGAGAAGAGCAAAGUGCCGCCUGUGCUCGUGUACUCCCUGGUUACUGCUAUCCCUACCAUAACGAUUCUGGCUGGGGAGUUGAUGGCAUUCUUCAUGAAGUCAGAAGGAACACAAGAGAAGACUAUUGUUACAGCAGACUGCUGCUACUUCAGUCCAUUGCUGAGACGCAUCAUACGUUUUCUAGGUGUCUACUCCUUUGGCCUCUUCACCACCACUAUCUUUGCCAACGCUGGACAGGUGGUCACAGGAAACCAGACACCUCACUUCUUGUCAGCAUGUAAGCCUAACUACACAGCUCUUGGCUGCCACUCCAAUCUCCAGUACAUCACAGAGCGUCGAGCUUGCACAGGGAACCCACUCAUAGUGGCAUCUGCCCGUAAAUCCUUCCCUUCAAAGGAUGCAGCUCUGAGCGUCUACUCUGCUGUCUACACUGUGAUGUAUGUGACGCUGGUGUUCAGGACAAAGGGAACACGUCUGACAAAGCCGACAGUCAGUCUGACCCUGCUGUGCCUGGCCAUGCUGGUAGGAGUAGUGAGGGUGGCUGAGUACCGCAAUCACUGGGCAGACGUCCUUGCUGGGUUCUUUACUGGAGGAGCCAUCGCUGUGUUUUUGGUGACCUGCGUGAUCAACAACUUUCAGCAAGCGAAGCCCUCUCCUCCGCCUAUGCGAACCCAACGUCCAGAAUCCAUGCUGGGCAUGCCCAUGGUGGCUCUGCCUUGUGUGGAGAGUCCACUUGAAAAACUCCAAGGGGAUCUCCAUUCACUGAGAUCACAUGACCAUCAGCCUUAUCGGUUCCCCGCCACCCCCGAUGUCCUCAUACCGUCUCGCUCCAUUUCCAGCGAAGUCUAGACCAGCCAUCUGACCAAUGCACCGCUGCCCACACAACUGGACGUUACACCACCCUCUACCGCUCCUACUCGACGCAGGUCUAGACAUUGUCCUCCUUGCUUCACUCUUCAUCUCCAUGCCCCCUUCAUGCUGCCCUCAGGUCUCCGGCACACUUCUCAAACAAACGAGAGGAUACUUUUUUGCUUCUGAAAUCUCAUUUAUCAAGACUUGUCCAGGAGUCUAAAAUGUUUAAGCAUAUUUUCCAGACAUACAGGCUUGACAUUGGCAAGAUCUUUGAGUUUGCUUGAGUAGUGCGUAGUAGCCUUUGGACCACCCAAUGAUAAUUGGCCCUAAAUCCAUCCAACCUUUUCCCAGGGGAACCGAUAUGGAGUCCAUGUACUGGACUUCUGAGAACAAAACAAAAAAAGACUAGUCCUGUGUCUGAUAGGCCUCUUUUUUGUUUCAUUAUAGUGCGUUUUUAAUGAAGAGGCAUGUUUAAAUAGUGUUUUCUGUAUUGCAUUCAAUGUAAAUAAUGUAUUUAAGGUUGGAAUUUAACAACCGUGCCAGCAAAUCCUACUGAAAUCUAAAAAAGGUUACCCAGACUUUCUAAUUCAUCAGCGUGUAUGUUGUGAAAAACGGAAGUUUAUUCUGGUGGACAGAACAUUUUUUAUUAACCUAUUUCAGUAUGAUUUGGUUCAAUUUUUGCAACAAUUUUCAAAUCAGUGCCCAUGUCCUUUCUAUCAUAAAUAAUAGGCAGCUUAAAACAGUCAAUUCAACACAUUCAUAAUUGACAAACCUCAGCAUUUGGACAGCCAUCUCCUCCCGUCACAGUAAAUAUUCAUUGCUUGGUUCUUUUUCGAGGAUUUUCCCACCAGCCCCUAGAGUGUGGCAGAUUUAGCUUGUUAACAGCGAUGACACCAUUCUGACGCAAUGGCAUUUUCAUCACCCUUGUUCCCGGGAAGAGCUUGUCUCAGACACAACAGCGCUCUGUCAGAUUCAACACCCACCACAGUUUUGAGAGUUCAAAGCCAACACAUGUCUGUUUCUCAGAAAAGCCCAAACCCAGGACCAACAUGGCAUUUGUGUCAGUUCAAUGUGCUGUGGUUAAAAUGCAUUGAGCUGUCACUCUCACACAAUUUUAUUAUUAUUUCUUUUGUACAUUUAAUUACAGUUUUCUCUCACUAGCUUGUUUACUCUUGGAUGCCCUGAUCUAAUACAGGUUGAUGUAGAAUUGACAUCAGCUGGUUAGCACAAUUUCCCAGCAUUCCUUCAUGACAGCUUCGAUUAAUUAUUGAGUUGGAUUCAUUAGUUUUUUUUUGUAAAUUACGUGUUAUGAACAGCACUAGUUUUCACUUAGAGUGACAGUUUUGCUGCUUUUAAUUUGCACAAUGCUUUAUGCACCUGUAUUACUGUAUUUUCCUGAAAUACCUUCGUAUCCGCUCUCUUUUUGACUAUGUACAUUUUCUUCACUGUGCUGUGUAAGGUAAUAUAUAUUCUGGCCCAACACUACCACCAUGCUUACAAACACAACCGCACACACUUUGCACUCUUUGUCAAACCUUUAUUCUAAUACUUUAUCCAAUUGUCAUCCUUUCUUACAUAUAAUGAUUGUACAGUUUUGUAAAUAUCUUUUUGUUAAGAAAAAAACAAGAGAAAGCAGAAAUUUGUGUGUUUACACUGGCACCUAUGUGCACCCAUAGUUACUGUAGUAUUCUAGUUAGCGUUUUAACCAUGGAACUAAUCAUCAUCUGUAUUUUGGGAAAUAAAAAAGGAAUGGAUCGGUUUAUAGAGUGUUGAGUGGACAGUGAAGCCAUUUUCAACGCAGAUGUGUAUGGUAGCACCUGACCAAUAACCUGUGAAGUACAAUUAACCUCAAAUUUUAUUAUGGGAGAAACGGGUAAGAUGAGCCAUUUUUACUUGUUUAUUUGUCAAUCUAAUCGAUGCAUAAAGCUUAAUGCAAGUAUUACUAACUUCAGCUGUGAGCAAUUUGUAUUUAACUAAAAUACAUUUUAUGGAUACACAGUUCACUUUUUUAUGGUUUACCCCAAGUGAGAGGUCACGCGAGUCAAUGAGUGGUUAAGGUGUUAAAUUGCUGUACUUACAGUAACAUGGACUCGUAUCUUUACUGACAUUGGUGCUUUUCUGCUCUUGGUGCUUUUAGCUCCACCUUGUGUAAAGUGUCCAGUCUACAAUUUUCUAUACAAAUCCAGGAUGCACAAAGCAUUUUUUAUAGAAAAUUACUCAUAUGUUAAAAGGACAUAACUUGCAUUGAAUCCAUAAUUGUAUAAUAAAACACUGAUUUCUAUCUUAACAUCCAGACAGAGUGAACAAAGAAAUGUAACCUAAAAACGUUUUCAUAGUGUGACAUUACUACUACUACUACUACUACUACUACUACUACUACUACUACUACUACUACUGCAUAACUUAUGAGCUAAAGUGCAUGUUAAUUUGUACAAUACACAUAAAGUAUUGUGUAGAGUGUCAGUCAAUCAUUUUGCCCUGAGCCUGAAGGAUCAUCUUAUUACCAACAUUCUGUUAAACUGAAUUGACUCUUUUUUUUUUUACCUUGCCAGUGUCUUUCUGUCACGUCACAUUUGAAACAGAAGCAACAAUUAUUUAUUUGAAAAUAACACAUUUCUUUUCAAAUUUUCUUAAAUUUCAGAGCAAGACAAAAUCACAUUUUGAACAUAAAUCGCUUGCUACUUUCUCCAUGUAUUCUUUUCUACUUUGAGUGGCUCAUCUUACCCAUUGGCUCAACUGCCUUGCUAAGGUUUAUUGGAUAAACAUACCUGACAUCUAACAUUUAAUCACUAUACAAAAAUACCAUUUAAAAAACUGUCAUUAUGAUAUGAACAUCAAAGCUGAUGAUGUUUGUGAUUUGUCAACCUGAAUUUGAAAUGCAGUCAAGAAGACAUGAUAUUGGAAGUGAUUUUGUGCCACAAUUUUGUACUGGUUUUGAGAAUCUGCUGUGAUGGGACCUUCUGUGAAUAAUGUGGAUCAAGUGAGGUUUUAAGCUUAGCUGAGGUGUUCUGGUUUCAAGGUUUCAUAUUCACACUCUUCACCAUUUUAUAUAUGUCUGUCUGAAGAGAACAAUAAAUGGAUCUUUCAAUACA